AUGUCGCUAAGAAAAGUGAAGUCCUUACCAUCGUUCAGAUGCCUAGCAGAAGCAGCGAAUCCGUUGGUUAAGGCACCACCUCUUCCUAUUACACUGUUGCAUGAAAAUGCAUGUUCGAGUUUAGGCUCAUCGGCAUCUAACUUUUCAGUUAGAACGGUGCAUAAUACACCUAAGAAGGAACACACUUCACUGAUUUCCAACAAUAAGAAAUAUGCCGCUUUUACGGUGAUGAGUUUGAAAAGUUUAAGAAAUGAAUGCAGGUCUAGGGGGUUGAAAGUAUCCGGUAAGAAGUCGGAACUGGUUGAGAGGAUUAUGGCUUUUGAGUCGGAACGGCAAUCGUCGUUACUGGACAGCCUUAUGAAGAAGGCCAAUACUGAAUAUAAGAGAAAGAUGAGUUCCGCAGCUAGAGCAACGCAAUCCCAUAUAAAUACCACCAGGCCAGUGGAUAAGGUGAAGAUACCUGACAUUGCAGCUACUGAGGCGAUGUCAGAACGAAAGAGGUUGGAUCGUAUGAUCCAGGUACCCUUUUUAAGUAAAGAAGCAGCUGAAAGUACAGCAGCGAAGUUCCAAAAUGGGAUAGGUAAGUAUAAUGGUGCUGGUGCUGUUUCUGAGUUUGAGCAGGAGGGGACGGUGUUAACUGCAAAUGAUGAUCUGCGUAUCGAGUCGCCCAUAGCAGCGAUCAAUAAAAUUGAGAUCCUAAAUGAUGAAGCUGAAGAAUCCAACAAGAACAAUUCAGAGGAACGGGAAUCUUCAGAAUUGAAUUCCAGAGAUAAGAAGUUUUUAUUUGGGUUUACAGCUGCUGUAGCGGUUUGGUGGCUUCUGGGACGCAAGAGGGGGCAACAGAAGAGGGUAUAA